AUGUUUAAAUAUAGUGCCAUCAUAUUCUCUUUUCUGGUCAUCUUUCGAAAAUUCACUAAUUCUUGUCUCUUAGACGUACAGUUCAUUAAAAACACUUCUGUAGAAGACACCCUUCCAAUCAGCGGACAAGAAUUCUACUUAAAAGCUAUCAAAAACAGGAGUCGAGCAGAAUGUGCCAUGCAAUGUCUUCAGCUUAGGUCUACAUGUGUAGGACUUGUUUACAGCGAAAUGCGUUUCCGUUGUUAUCUUAUGAAAUCUAGUUUUAAUGGAAAAGUGUUAGACGGACAGUCUAGGUCAUCUUCUUGGGAAUACUGGUACAAAGUUGAUGUUUGCCCUCGUGGUUGGCUACCCUUUGAUGACCAUUGUUAUCUUUUCAAUAAAAUCGCAACCUCCUGGAACGAUGCAAAGGGAAAUUGUGAAAGGGAAAACGCUUAUUUGGUAGAAGUGAACACAGCAAAGGAAAAUGAUUUUCUACAAAGUACCUAUGUACAGAACCAUGACAGCAGACCCUGUGUUGGAGAAUACGCCUGUCCUGUGUGGAUCGGAGCCAACGACAUCGAUAAAGAAGGUGAAUUUAUCUGGAGUGGAUCGAAAGAAAAGAUCGUGUUUUUACAUUGGUAUCCUAGUGAGCCAUCUACCCAUGUACCAGAACAGAACUGUGUUACAAUUGUUCAUGAAGGCUUGUGGGAUGAUACGACCUGUUUUUCAAAAAUACCAUUUAUUUGUGAAAAAGAGUAA